UUUAGAUUUUUCAAGAAAAUGGAAACCUUAAGUGAUGAAUUUUACACUGACUCCGAUAGUGAUGAAGGGUUCUGCCUUGAAUAUAAGCAUCGAGUCAAAGAAGGGCAAGAGGACGACUGAUUUGAAUAUAUAAAGUUCUAUAUUGGCGAAAAUAUAGCAUCUGGAGCAUUCGGAACAGUCUAUUUCGCACAUGUGAUUGAAUCUAAUAUUAAAAAGCUCUUACCUAGCACAAUGGCAUGUAAAUAAAAUCGAGCAUAAGGGAGACGAUUAUACUAGGAAUAUUGUUAAAAAUGCGGAAGUUAAAUUUACACAAACUGGUAGAACAAAAUAGUUUGAUUCAUCUCUAUUGUGCAAUAGACACUAAAGAUGCUAUAUAUCUCUUCUUUGCAUUCCAUAAUGGAAGAGAUCUAAAAACUUUGAUGGAAAUGAAAGGUAAAAUGCCGGAAAAGCUUUGUGCUAAAAUAAUAAAGCAGAUUUUAAAGGGACUAACCGAGCUUCAUCAAAGAAACAUUAUCCAUAGAGAUAUUAAACCUGAUAACAUUCUCAUCCAUUUCGAUUGACUUGAUCCGAGCAAACUAGUUAAGAGAGAAUUCUUACAAGAUUGGGAUCCAGAAGUUCAUGAUAUUUUUAGCAUCAUAAUUACAGAUCUAGGAAUCAGCUGAAAUUGUGAUUCCAAUAUGGAAAAUAAAGUUGGAACAAUGUUCUACCUCGCUCCUGAGUGUUUCGAUUCUACUUAUGAUCACUCCGCAGAUAUUCUCUCCUUAGGUUUAAUAGCUUUUGAAAUGCUCACAGGAAAGAAACUCUUUACCUACAGUGAUAUGGGAGGAGAUAAGCAAAAGCUUUGACAACUAUGGAAAGAUAAGAGAGAGUAUGAAAUCCAUUGCUCUUAUGAAGCAAGACAAUUCUUACAGCAUACUAUUCAGGUGAACCCAUAUGAAAGACUUAAGGCUGACGAACUUUUAUUUCUAGAUUUUAUAGAAAAUGCUUACAAUGAAAAUGAAUACACUUGACUAGAGAAUCUCGAUGAUUGAUUUAUUCUCCCGACAGACCGGAAGAUCCCAUUUGAGCUUUAA